UAAUCAAUGAACGUCUGAAGCUAAAACCAUUCGUCAAUGUAAUGUAAACCAUUCUGUAUUGGGAACUCCUUACGUCGCGUACGACUAUACGAAGUAAAUGAGAGCAUUUUUUCCGAAAUACUAUUAUUACUUUUCGCUGAUAUCGGUGUAUUUUUUUUCUUUUCCUCUUUCAAGAUAUAUCUAAAUACAGUUUCCGUUCGGUUCGGUGGUGGUGUGGUGAUAAUGUAAUGUUGACUGUUGAGCUUUACUUCGUUAGUAGCGUAGAUUAGGACUCGUGUAGCGUCGCGUCGUCCUACACUUCGGGUUUUAUUAUCAUUUUUUAAAUAUAUUAUGUAUCGAUGUGUCGUCGUUAUGAUGGUUAAGACGAAUAUUAAAAUGUAACAUCGCGCGCGAACGUUAAUUUUUUUUAAUUUUAUGGUCUAAGUAUUCUAUUCGACACUGUGCGGUUGCUUGUGGAAGAAAAAUCCACUCGAGAUUUAGGCGCGAGUUCGCGAGUAUUACCAAAUGUGUUCGAGUGUUUAAUUCUAGUCAUUAUGUUUCGUUUAUCAAAUAGGCUGCUUAGUCGGACGAUUUUCCCAAUUUUCGUGCUCCUGUGUACGCUCCAGUGCUGUUAUGGACAAGUUCUAACACCUCCGUAUUUCAAUCUAGCCCAAGGUAGGCGAAUCGCCGCUUCGUCUACGUGUGGAGAAGAUGUACCGGAACCGGAACUGUUUUGCAAAUUGGUCGGAGCCAAUGCCGAGGGUGAAAACGUGCUCAUUCAAGGGCAGGUUUGCGACCAUUGCGAUCCGAGAAAUGAUAGCAAGAAGCAUCCAGCCCAGUUCGCGGUGGAUGGUCGUGAAACGUGGUGGCAAAGUCCGCCUUUAUCGCGAGGCAUGAAAUACAAUCAAGUGAAUUUAACCAUCGACUUGGGACAGGAAUUUCACGUGGCUUACGUGAUUAUAAAAAUGGGCAAUUCGCCAAGACCUGGAGUAUGGGCGUUGGAAAGAUCAAACGAUAACGGAGUCAACUAUUUUCCCUGGCAAUACUUCGCCGAUAAUCAAGGCGAAUGCAUGAAAUAUUUCGGUAAUAUUACUACCUCGAUUACCGCCGAUGAUUCUGUCAUCUGCGACACCCAGUAUUCUAAAAUCGUGCCUCUGGAAGGAGGAGAAAUCGUGGUUCCGUUGGUGCAAAAUCGACCCUCGGCCAGCGAUUUCUUCAACUCUACCAUCCUUCAAGAAUGGACCAGAGCUACCAACGUGCGUUUCAGGCUGUUACGAGUGAAAAAUCUCUUAGGUCAUUUGAUGUCUGUCGCUAGACAAGAUCCGACCACUACGAGACGGUACUUCUACUCGAUCAAAGAUAUCAGUAUCGGAGGCCGAUGCAGAUGUAACGGACACGCCGAAACGUGCACAGAAACCGACGAAAACGACCCGUAUAAAUUAAUCUGCGACUGUAAAGAUAACACCUGCGGUCAUAAUUGCGAAAUGUGCUGUCCUGGUUUCGAGCAAAAGAAAUGGAGUCAAUCUAAAACUAACAAGAAAUUCGUUUGCGAAAGGUGUAAUUGUUUCGGGCAUUCGGAUCAGUGUCAGUACAACGAGACGGUAGAUCAGCUAGGCCUUUCUUUGGAUAUUCAUGGAAACUACGAAGGUGGUGGCGUUUGUUCAAAUUGUCAACAUUUUACCGAAGGUAUCAACUGCCAUAAGUGUAUUCACGGUUACUUCCGACCUUAUGGAAAAUAUCCCAAUGAGACUGAUGCUUGUCAACCUUGUCGUUGCGAUUACGUUUACUCGACCGGUAAUUGCGAUGAUGGUACCGGAAAAUGCGAAUGUAAACCAGAGUACACGAAACCGAAUUGCGACAGUUGUAGCUUCGGUCAUUACGGAUACCCACUUUGCAGAGCUUGCGAAUGUUAUACGAAUGGUACCUACACUUCGCAGUGUAGUCCGGAUAAUGGAAGAUGUUUCUGUAAACCUAAUUACGGUGGAGAUUUGUGCCGAAAUUGUUCCGACGGAUUUUACAGCUUCCCAGAGUGCAAAACUUGUGAUUGUAACUCGGUCGGAUCGUUAUCGAAUGUCUGCAAUGUCGAAAGUGGCGACUGCAAAUGUAAAAGCAAUUUUGGUGGAAGAACUUGCGAUCAGUGUAAUGACGGAUACUAUCAGUUCCCUAGUUGUCUAUAUUGCAACUGCGACGUCAUAGGAACGUUACCUGGAAUAUGUAAUAAGGCCAACGGUCAGUGUUUGUGUAAACCUGGAUACGGUGGACCCAGAUGCGACCAGUGUCUAGCUGGUUAUACUGGUUUUCCGGAUUGCAAACCGUGUAAUUGCUCGACUACUGGGAGUGCUUUUCCUACGUGCGAUAUUUACGGCAAAUGCACGUGUUUGAAUCGAUUCGCCGGCAAGCUUUGCGAUCAGUGUUCCCCCGGAUACUACUUGGCGCCUCAGUGUCUGAGUUGUAAUUGCGAUCCGUACGGAACGAAUGGCGCUAGUUGCGAUACUGAUGGAAAUUGUUUAUGUAAGAAUAACUUUGAUGGGCAGAAAUGUAACCGGUGUAAGGAUGGGUAUUAUAAUUACCCUGUUUGCGAAGAAUGUAAUUUUGAUCCAGCUGGAGUAACAUCGACGUUUACCGGAUGUAGAGACUUGGUUGGCGAAACAAAGCGUAUCGAAUGUAAAACUAACGUAGAAGGAAAGAUUUGUAAUACUUGUAAAGAUUUGUAUUGGAAUUUGAGAGCUGAGAAUACGCUCGGAUGUGAAGAAUGUAAUUGCAACCGAAGUGGAACUCUCGGUCGGCUUGGUGUUUGUGAUAUGAAGAGCGGACAGUGCACGUGUAAGUCAUCAGUAUCGUCUAGAAAAUGUGACCAGUGCUCAGACGGAUGGUACAAUUUGACCGAUGGAAACUUAUUCGGAUGCACGGACUGUAACUGCGAUUCUGGCGGAUCUCAAUCCAAUGUUUGCAACAAACAGACAGGUCAGUGCGCUUGUCUGCCUCGUAUCGGUGGCCGAAAUUGUAAAGAACCUAUCGCCAUGCAUUACUUCCCCACCCUGUAUCAGUAUCAAUUCGAAGUCGAAGAUGGAAGAACUCCGGCUUAUACUCCAGUUCGGUAUGGUUUUGAUGAAAAAGUAUUCCCAGGAUAUUCGUGGAAAGGAUACGCUGUGUAUUCUCAUUUACAAAACGAAACAAUUCAUCCAAUCGUCAUCGACAAAUCUUCCUUGUAUCGAAUCGUAUUACGUUAUAUCAAUUUUAAUCCUCAAGCUGUCACUGGAACUAUUUCAGCUGUACCCGAAUAUAACAGUAAUAUCGACGUCGAACAGAAAUUCCAAGUUGUUCUCAAACCGACCACUGUUCCUGCUUUUGUGACUGUUGCUGGAAUCAGUGGCAAUAUGCCUUCGCCAUUUGUGCUCAAUCCGGGUCCUUGGAUUAUUAAAAUUAAAACCGAGAAGAAUUUAUUCUUGGAUUACUUCGUAUUACUUCCGGCCGAAUAUUACGAAGGAAGUACUCUAGUCUCGAACGUAACCACUCCUUGUACAUUGGAAAAAACUGACCUUUGCAGAAUGUACCUGUAUCCAAAUAUAUCCUCGUUCGAUCAAGUUAAAGGAGCUGCCGCCUUUAUCAGCGCCAACGAUAAUCGAUCACCUGUACAAGAAUAUUACGACGAAUUAGAAAAACCAUUGGGAAUACCUAAAAUGCCAAAGAUAUCCAGAACUCAGCAAGAAUUGUACUUUAAUCUGAUCCUAGCCCGACCUGGUAAAUACGUAUUCGUCGUAAAUUACGGUACAGUAGCCAAUCAAGACACGACCCAGGUUCAAGUUCAAGGCAGUACGCAAAGAAGUGGAAAUAAAGGUAUCGUGACCGUGUACCCUUGCCGAUAUCGUACCCUGUGUCGUCAAGUAGUGUCAGAUAAAGAUGGAAGAGUAGCUGUAUGGGAAUUGGACUCGAAUAACGUUAAUUUGAUACUGAAGGGUGUUGGAGAAGGUAUUGGUAUCGAUUCGUUGGUUGCAAUUCCACUGGAGCAAUGGUCAUUGGAUUACGUUAAACCGAAACCUUCGUGUGUGAUAAACGAUACCAGAUGUGUUCCUUCUAUUUAUCAAUUGCCUCCGGAUUCCAAACAGUUCGAUUUCAAAGUUGGCAACGAGAAGAGAAUUAGUAAAAUUUUACCCAGCACUGUUCUCGAUAACAAUACCGAGCUCGUGUAUUUAGACGAUAAAGAUUCGACGGUCGAUAUCACCGGCAAGGUACCCAAACCAGGACCGUAUACCUUUAUUGUGCAUUAUUAUCAACCCGAUCAUCCAGAUUUCGAUGGAACUGGUGUUAUUCACAAUGGUCAAAUGUACGAUACAAAAGUACGCUUGCAUCAUUGCCCAGGUGUUUCUGGUUGCAGAUCUGUGGUCAAACAACAGAAUGGAAAUAAUGUUUUCCAAUUGACCGAGAAUUUUGUAUUUUCUUUAACGGCUCGUAAAGGCGUAUGGGUUCAGUAUAUAUUGCUCAUACCAAGCGAUCGGUAUACCGACGAAAUCACUACCGAAUUACCUUUUGAUCAAACGGUGAUGUUUAUUUCAAAAUGUGGUCAAAAUCAUUUCCAUCUGGAUACGUCGCAAGAAGGUUUUUGCAAAGAAGCCACAUUCUCACUGACUUCUAAAUAUAAUCACGGAGCAUUGGCCUGUCGCUGCGAUUGGGACGGAUCGUUGAGUUUCGAAUGCGAGAAAUUUGGUGGCCAGUGCCCUUGUCGAGAUAACGUGAUAGGAAAACGAUGCGAUAACUGCAAAACUGGUUACUUUGGUUUUCCCAAUUGCAGAUCGUGUAAUUGUUCUUCUACCGCUGUCUGUGAUCCAAAUACCGGUGACUGUAUUUGUCCUCAAAAUGUAAUCGGCGAGAAAUGCAAUCAAUGUCAAGCUUACACGUACGGUUUUGAUCCAAUUAUCGGUUGCGAAGAUUGUAAUUGCGCGUAUCAGGGUGUCGAAAAUAAUAAUUUGCAGUGCGAUUUGUUUACUGGAGCUUGCAAAUGUAUGAAGAAUAUCGAAGGAAGAACUUGCGACAGAUGUGUGGCCGGAUUCUACGCUUACCCACAUUGUGUAAAAUGUACCUGCGAUUUAAGAGGAACCACUGAUGAGAUUUGUAAUCAAACGAACGCAGCCUGUUUGUGUAAAUUGAACGUUCAAGGGGCAGCUUGCGACCUUUGCAAAGAUGGUACGUUCAAUUUACAACGCGACGAUCCCGCCGGAUGCACGAAAUGUUUCUGUUUUGGUCGAACGUCCCGAUGCUCCAGCUCAACAUUGUUCUUAUCCGCCAUAAUUUCGUACGAAAACUGGACUCUGGCGAAUGUGAAUAUUGAGAAAACGUUGGAAUUCACCAAACUACCGACACCAGUUGACGUGAAAAACGGCGGAAUAUCUGUAAACAUGGGUUACAUUUUGGAAACCCCUUCGUAUUUCAUCGCUCCUGAAGCUUUUGUCGGUAAUAAGCUAUCUGCUUAUGGAGGAAGUUUCAACUAUACCGUACAUUAUACCAGCACUCCCGAUAGAAGCGCCAUCGCUGGUCCUGAUUUGAUUUUAUUCAGUGAUGCUAAUACUUUUAUUCAGUAUACAUCGGUUGCCCAACCGGAUAGCAACGCGUAUUUCCCGAUUUCGGUGAAAAUGGUCGAAACCGAAUUCUUGAAUCCGGCUUCCGAACCAGUUAGCCGUGAAGAUUUUAUGCUAAUUUUGCAGAAUUUGACGGCUAUUUUUGUCAAGGCUUCGUACGUUGAAAGAGGAGAUAUCACCGAACUGGUUGGAAUAUCUUUCGAAAUCGGUGUACCUGAAUAUAGUCCUUCUUCUGGAAUAGCCUUGGCGGUGGAGCAGUGUCAUUGUCCUUCCAACUACGUCGGAUUGAGUUGCGAAGAAUGUGCUGACGGGUAUUACAGAUCUUCCACCGGUCUUUUUGGUGGUAAUUGUAUACCUUGCCAAUGCAACGGACACGCUGCCACUUGCGAUAAAGCGACUGGAGUUUGCAUUGAUUGUAAACAUAAUACCAAAGGAGAUCAUUGCGAGAAGUGCGAAAUGGGAUAUUACGGAAAUUCUACGGUCGGAUCGCCGAAUGAUUGUUUGAUCUGCGCGUGUCCUUUGCCGAUACAUUCCAACAAUUUUGCAACCGGUUGUGAUAUCAGCGAAUCAGGCGAUCGAAUCAUUUGCGAUUGUGUCGAAGGGUACACCGGAGAUCGUUGCGAUAGAUGCGCACCUGGGUAUUAUGGCAACCCCUCUGAAAGUGGAUCUCGAUGCGUUCCUUGCCAAUGUAACGGAAAUAUCAACGCAUCCGAAGUGAACUCUUGCCACCCAAUUACUGGCCAAUGUCUGAAAUGUUUAAAUAACACGUCUGGUGACUCUUGCGAAAGAUGUGCUCCUGGUUACUACGGAGAUGCUCUCAAAGCCAAAGAUUGCCAACUUUGCAAUUGCGAUACCUGUGGAACGAAAGAAUGCGAUCAUCGUACCGGACAAUGCACAUGUUACGAAAACAUCGUUGGCGAGAAAUGCGACAGAUGUGCUGAUAAUCACUACGGUUUCACUACUUGCGCUGGAUGCAGAGCGUGUAACUGCGCCAAUGCCAGUUUGAGUUCGCAGUGUGAUGACUUGACAGGAUAUUGUCGAUGUAAAGAUGGAGUCGUUGGGCAGACUUGCGAUCGAUGCACGGCCGGAUAUUGGAAAUACACUGAAAAUGGAUGUACAUCUUGCGGUUGCAAUAUCGGAUACAGUAUAGGAGUCGGAUGCAAUACCACAACUGGUCUAUGUCAAUGUUUACCUGGAGUUGUUGGCGAUAAAUGUGACACGUGUCCAUAUCGUUCAGUUUUAAUACAGAAUGAAGGAUGCUUCACGUGCGAUAAUUGUACUCAUGGUCUUUUAGACGUUACCGAUCAGCUUCACAAGGAUUUCGAACCGGUUUAUACCAAAUUCCCGACCAUAGCUGAAGGCUUUUUCACCUCGGUUCGUUUGACUUACAUCAACGAUAUAGUUGGUGCGUUGACUCCGAAUGUCAGCGACGUGGUUCGCACUCAAUUCGAUCUGACUCCGUAUGAAAACAAAAUAAACAGCGUUAAAAGAGAGAAGGAUACUUCUCUGCGAAAGAUUCAAUCAAUUUACAAUGAUUUGGCCUCAUCGACGAAAAAAAUCAACGACGCCAAGAUGAACGCCCUCGAUGUGGAAUUCCUAGUGUACCGAGUCGAAGAUAGAUCUCGAAUGACCGUUCACGAUAUCGAAAGCUUAUUCUAUAACUUGGAUACUGGCACAGGACCUCAAACAAAUUACGCGAUCACCGAAGGUAAAAUGAUCUUGCAACGGAUACUAGAUAUCGAUAUAGAUGAUCAAAUACGAACCGAUGCUGAGACCGCUCAACAAAAGGCCAUCGAACUCUUAGCCAAAGUUGGCGAAUUCGGUGCUCCGAUGAAUAAAUCAGCUGCAAAUCUAGAAAUUGCCAAGAAAAGUGUGGAAAAAUUACUAAACAAAUUGGAAGAGUUGCAGAAUUACACCGAACAAGCUCAGAGUUUGGCUGUGAAAGCGUCCAAUGAUAAUCAAGCGGAUAAGAAAGCAAAACUCCUUGAAAGAAUUAAUAGUCUGAAAGCUGCGACCUCGGAAGCUGAGCAAGUAAUCAACGAUGCGAGUAAACAAAUUGAAAACGUUACCCAAGCUUUGAGUAAAAGUAAACCAAAUUACGAAGAAUUAUCUCAAAACUUCAUGAAAUUGAAAGAAGCCAAAGAGGAAGUAGAGCGAAGCCUGAAGACAUUAGGCGAUGGUAUAAAUUUGAACAGAGCGCCAGUCUUUAAUGCCAGAACUCACGCUGAAGACUUGGAGCGCCAAGCGGCAACUCUCAACUCGAUUAUCAAAAGAAAUGUCUCAGAUCACGCCGUUUUAGCUGCAAACUCGUACAAGGAUAUCGCAAAUGCUCUGGGUGCAUCUUUGCAAAACGCUACCGAUGCCCAGACUGCAGCCAAUUCAACCGAAGAUAAACUGCAAGGUAUCGAUACCAAAGUGCGUAAUUCCAACGAAAAAUCUAGUGAUUUACUCGAGAGCGCUAGAACGACGCUGGCUGACGUGCAACAGAAAUUGUCUCCCGAGUUGACGGAUGUAUUACAGAAACAGGGAGCUGUCUCUAAAAGUAUCAAUCAAACCGUCGAGAAAGUUGAUAAUUUGAAAAAGUCUAUCGAGAAACAGAAAGCUGAAGGUAAAGAGGUGAAAAAUUUGAAUGCCGAUGAUGCGACGAAUAAAGCUACGAAUAUGAUGAAGGAUACGAAAAAUAUUGCCGAAGAAUUACCUGGAAAGUUGACUCAGGCUAAGGAGUUGUAUAGUAAAUUGGACGAUACGAGGAAGUCUGCUCAACAGAUUGGAAGUUAUCUGAAUCAAAUCGAAAAACAAGAUCCGGAAAUAUUAACUCUUAUGAACAAAUUGAAAACCAAACCGGAUGAAUUGAAAGUUAAAGAAGCAACGAUCGAAGAACUGCUGAAGACCUUGAAACAGAAAAUCACCAUCACAGGAGACUUGGCAGCCAAGAUCAAAGUAGGAAUGUCACUGAAUCGUAACACAGCCGUAGAGCUUCCAAUACCACCCAGCAUGCUGGAUCAAGGAUCCAGUAACGUGUUAUCUUUGUACUUCAAGAGUGGUCAGCGAAACGGUUUGUUGCUUUAUGUCGGCAACGAAGCCAAUUCAAGAAGGAAACGAGAUACCCAGAAAAUCCGAAGACCAAAAACUGAGGAUUUCUUAGCUUUGGAGAUCGAAAACGGAUACUUGCUGUUGACAUCGAGCCUGGGAGAAAGGUUUAUCACGAAUUUAGUCCAUAAUCGAACAUUCGUCGCCGAUAAUAGAUGGUACAAGGUGGAAAUAAUGAGAAUCGGUAAACGAGUGAAUUUGACGUUGACUGUACAAGAAAGCCCGAAAUCUGAUCGAAUAUUCAGUAUCUCAGAAACCGGUUACUAUCCUGGUCAAAGUUCUGUCUUGAAUUUAGACAAGGAUCACUCGAAAUUCUACAUCGGUGGAUUACCGUCCACCUUCGAAGCUCCCAAAGCCAUCAAAACGCCCACAUUUAGCGGACAAGUCGAAGAAUUAACCGUCGACGGAGUUCCAGUCGGAUUAUGGAAUUUCGUUUCUGUAUCUGGUGGUUUGCCCAAUGUUCCGAUCAACUCGCUGAUUAAUGGAGCCAUUGAAAGAGAUGUUCUCCUGCCAACCUCAGUAUCGAAAGGAUGUCGUUUCAGUGAUGGUUACGUAGUACUUCAGCCAACUGGUAUAUCUUUGUUGGAUAAGUCGGAAAUAUUGCUCAGUUUUAAAACCACUGCUCUGAACGGAUUGAUAUUUUUGGCUUAUAAAGAUACCGCAUUUAUAUCGAUCGAUAUACGUUUAGGAUUUAUUUACUUCCAAUUUAAUAUUGGAAAUGGUUUGAAAUCGUUCCACACUCCUACCCAAUAUAAUGACGACCAAUGGCAUAAAAUCUCAGCUAACAGAAGAAAUAAUAAAGGAGAUUUGAUUAUUGACGAUGUAGUUAUUCGUAGUGAGACAUCAGACGAUCGUCCAGGACAGUUACAAACCACUGAUUACUUCUAUGUCGGAGGUUAUCCCGGAGAUCACAAACUCAGCGAUGUGGUCAAGGACCGAUUCGAAGGAUGUAUCGACAUUUUGCAAAUCAAUGACGUCAUGAUGGAUCUCAAUAAUAACCUGAAUAGUCAUGGAAUUAUUUCCGGAUGCCCUGAUAAGUUCACUCGAUUCGUCUCAUUCGAAGAAGGCUCUCGCAAAUACAUCCGCUGGCCUAGUACAAACGUCGCGCCCGACGAUUGGUCCACCGAGUACCCGCUCAGUUUCUCAUUAAGAAUCAAAACGCUGACCAGAUACGGAUUAAUCGCUUACGGAACCGAUGGCAAGAAUUCGUUCGCUUUGACUUUGAGUAACGGUAGUCUCGUAUUCAAAAUCGGAAGCAAACCGGAAGUCACCACUGGACCGAACAUGAAAUACAACGAUGACCGGUGGCAUUCUGUGAUGGCUUUGCAUGAUGGCUACGCUUUGCAUUUGAUUAUAGAUGAUUUCGAUACGUUCAAAUCGGAAAUCGCUCCGUCACCUAUUACGUAUAUGAGAGGAAACGUGUACUUUGGCAGUGUACCGUCGGAUAUCGACGCUACAGCUGCGAUCGAACGUCAAUUUGUUGGAUCUUUGGGCGAUGCCACGUUGAAUGGAAUUGUUAUCAAUCUGGAUAGAGCUUACGAUAGGGAUAAGGAUAAAGAACCACAGAAUAUGGUGCCAAGUACUACAGUUGCGUCAACAGGACCAUCAACAGGGACGUCAACACCGCCUCCAGUGACUACAACACCGCCUUCUGCGGUCACCGUUGCUCCUGGUUGCCUACCUUUGAUUCCAGCUAAUGAUCCUGAUAUCACUAAAGAGAGUGGCAAUCGGUUCGGAACUACUCAAGGCAGUUUCGUAACCUACGAAUUCGACCAAUCGAAACUAAGAGGAAAGAUCGAAUACAUGCUGGAAUUGAAAACAGCAUCCACAGAUGGUAUAAUUUUCUACGUAACCGAACCCACGCACAAAGACUACGUCACCUUGUACCUCAAGGAAUCCAAAUUACACUUCUCGUUCGUCUGCGGCUCGAGUUCUGCUUCAGUCACAUCCGAAGCAUUAGUAAACGAAGGAGAAUGGCACACAAUCGAGUUCACCAUUGAUCAAAAUCGAGGUUUAUUGAAGGUCGACCAACAAACUCAAACCACCAGCAUCGGUUGCUCGUCCUUCAACAUCGCAGCUCCUUAUUAUCUCGGUGGAGUUGAUGUUCCCACGAUGAAUACCAGCGUUAUGACACAUUUGCAAGGAUUCAAUCGAACUUUCGUCGGUUGCUUGAGGAAGUUCACGGCGAACAGCGUCGAAUACGAGAAACCUACUUUGUCCAUUGGAGUUGUACCUUGUUCGAGUAAAGUCGAAGCUGGUACCUUUUUCCCGGCGACUGGAGGGUAUUUGAAAGCUUUCGACCAGUUCAAAGUUGGCAAAGACCUCGAGAUCAACUUGGAUAUAAAACCACGUAACAUUAGCGGCGUUCUAUUGGGCGUACACGCGAAAAAAUACUUCUUAGUUUUGCAAAUGAUCAACGGAGCCGUGAAAUUAACCGUGGACAGCGGUAACGGACCAUUUUACACCAUUUUCAAACCUCAGACCUCGGAUUACUUCUGCGAUGACCGUUGGCAUUCGAUUAAAGCUCUGAAAUCCAAAAGUUUGGUAAUCCUGACAGUGGACGGAAACGGAACCGAAUUCGGUACCGAGCCAAAUGGUAUCAAAUUAACCAACACCAAUAACCCAUUAUACGUGGGUGGAUAUCCUCCAGAUUUAUCUAACGCUAGAGGUAUCGAAACAAACGUCCAAUAUGUCGGAUGCAUGAGGAAUUUGCAGAUAAACGGACAAAAUUACGACUUUUCUUCAUUCACGACCUUUGGAAGCGUUAUGCAUAAUGUCUGCCCUACUAUUUAAAUGUAUUUUAGAAAAGUAGAUAGUCCGAAGGUUUGUAUUUAUUUUAUUUAUUUAUGAUGUAUAAAAAUGUUGUACGUAGGUAUAGUUUUAUGAACAUACUGUGUAUAUUUUUUUAAAAAUUAUUUUACGUCUAAUUUUUCGUGUGUUUAAUUAUUUUUACCAGUGUAGAUAAUAUUAUGAUUAUGACGUGUUUCUGUUUUGAUUUGAAUUUUUUUUUUCAUACUUAUUCUAAAAGUACUUAUUUUUUCAUAUUGUUUGUGAUUUUUUUUUUCGAUUUUGAUUUUUUACCAAAGUAAAUUACUUAUUAUGAUUGUAGAA